CGACCUUUAACGACGUGCACCACGUUGUAACGUGUCAAACUUUCCGGAAAAGGUGUAUCUCUUUGACAAGUUUUAACUUACGAACACUCUCUAUGGCCCUUUUAAUUAAAUAUAAAUGUAUACCGUUUCACAUAUUUCUUGGGAUUUAUUUAUUUGAAAAGUUGUGAAUUGUCCAGCUAAUAAUUACAAGUCUAAGAAAUUAUCAAAGUUCACAUACACUUAAGUAUGAUUACACAAGUAUGAUUAUAAAGAAAAAAAAUGUAGUUUAUGAAGAAAUAUCUACAAAUUAUUUCAUAAAAGUUAAGAAUCUACUGUAAACAUGAGCAAGAACUCAACGAGUGGACAUUUUUGAAACUUGGAUUACAGAAUCCGGACAAACACUCAAAUAUGUGAGCUUGAUCACACUUACACUUCAAAAUGCAAUGGUCUGCCUUAGUAUGCGAUACUCUCGUACCAGAGCAGGUGACAUGUUCCUUUCUUCUACUGCUGUUGUGAUGGCUGAAGUAGUCAAGCUGUGCACAUGUUUGGUAUUGGUACUCAUCGAAGAAGGUAGCGUGAAGAAAUUUUAUAAGUCUCUACAUGUAACAAUUGUGAAGCAACCCAUGGAUACUUUGAAAGUCUGUGUGCCAUCCCUUUUGUAUAUCAUACAAAACAACUUACUUUAUGUAUCUGCGUCUAAUCUGGAUGCAGCUACGUAUCAAGUGACAUAUCAAUUGAAAAUUUUAACGACGGCCUUCUUUGCGGUAACAAUAUUGCGCAAGUCAUUGCGUACCAUUCAGUGGGGUGCUCUGGUACUCUUGGUAAUUGGUGUGGUCCUGGUGCAAUUAGCUCAAAGCAUAAAAGCACUGGUACCCUCGGGCAUAGAACAGAAUCACUUGCUGGGUUUCUCGGCCGCUCUGAGCGCGUGUUUCCUGUCCGGUUUCGCGGGCAUUUACUUUGAAAAAAUACUCAAGGGUUCCGACGUCUCCGUGUGGAUGCGAAACGUGCAAUUGAGCGUGUUGUCUAUACCGUUCGGCCUAGGUACUUGCUUUUUACAGGACAGUAAUGUCAUACGCAAGCAAGGCUUUUUUUUCGGCUAUGAUCUAUUCAUCGGCUAUCUGGUUGUCUUACAAGCAGGCGGAGGAUUGAUCGUAGCCAUGGUGGUCAAGUAUGCCGACAACAUACUGAAAGGCUUCGCCACAUCCCUGGCCAUUAUCAUCUCUUGCAUAGCUUCCAUUUAUCUGUUUGACUUUCGCUUAACGUUUCAAUUUGCUCUAGGCGCACUUCUCGUCAUUUGCUCGAUUUUCUUGUAUGGCCAUCAACCGAAAACAACACCCCUUGAUAAGCAUACGCCUGCUAAUAAAGUCUGAUAAUAUUGGAAACGCAACACGGCAAUAAGAGUCGUAUCGUAGCUUUAACGACGAUCAAUUUCACCGGUUUUCUCCAAAUUUUCCUUCGAGCUGCUGCUCGAAUUAACGAUAUUCAAAGGGAUCGUCAAAUCCGUUAAAUCUAAUAAAACAAAGCAGAACAAAUGAUAAUAUGAUUGUAGAUAAAGUGGCUACUAAAUAUUUAACGAAUGUUAUUCGUCCGGUGAAAUGUCGGUCAAAUUGAUCUUAUGAAAUGUAACGUGACAAAAUUAUGAAAUUGUGAAAUUGUAUAUAUAACGGAAUCAAGAAUGCAAUGAUGUUUUUAUAUCCACGAUUUAACGAUGUUGCGAGGUAUCUUGUGAUAAUUUUAAGAUAUUCCACACAAAUAAAACUUGUAGAAAAAUUACAAUUUUCCAUUCGUUUGUUGUAAGUACAAACGACGAGUGUGUGUAUUGUAUACUAUUUAAUUUUAUUUUUAUAUAAUGCCAUCUCUUUUAUACAUAAUGUAUCGUUUCGAUAUAUUUCAUUAUACGAUGCAUUAGCAGGCCUGUAAGUUAUGUAUACAUACACACGGACCUAACUAGUUGAUACAUACGUAUAUAUUCUAUGUACUUAAUUUACAUAAAUUUUAAUAUACACAUGAUUUUUACAUUA